AUGGAAUACAAAUUGGAUUUUGAUGAUCCAAUGUUAGGAAUUCCAGUUAAUAUGAUUAAAAAAACAGAUGCAUUUGAUGAUAUAGAAGAACCCUCAGAGCAAUCUAUCCAGCUUCCGGAUCUUAUUAAUGAUUUCUACGAUAAAUUAAAUCAAAGUAAUUACACGGGAAUGAGUUUUUGUUUGCACAACAUAGAGGCAAAAAUUAAGCUAUUUAUAGACGAAGAUUUUCAAGUUUUGAUUGAAUCAAAUUUUUUAUUGAAGAUAUCACAACUACUUUUUGAUGAAAACUAUAUUUGGAAAGAGUUUAUAUUACAAAUCUUUUACAAACUGAUCCUUAAACCCAACAUUCCAAUUUUAGAUUAUCUAAUUAACGAAAUAGAAAUAUACGAUAGAUUAUUUGCAUUGAUUGCACCUGAAAAUGAGAAAUUGCAUUCAAAACUACUGACAAUUUUAUAUCUUUUCUUAGAAGCAAAUCAUAAUUUGGCAAUUCGCUAUGUAAGAUGCUUAAAUCCGGACAUCCUUCAUACACUCCUUCUAUCUAACAUACCAUCUAAUUAUAAUCCUCUGUAUGAAGCCACAAAUUUGUUAGAUUCGAUUUUUGAGUACAUUCCUCAUCCAGAAGAAACAAAUGAAGAAGAAUGUGCUGAGUUCAGAGAGUUUAUGCUUGGAAUUUAUGAUAUCGCUCGCAAUUUAAUUUUGGAUGUUUAUGAUGAUAUGUUUGUUUCUGGCUGUAUUAUUGUUUCUUCGAUGCUAAUUGCUUGUCCACAAUAUUGGUCUGAUGUAUUAGUUUCUGAUGAAGAUGUUAAUAAUGCUAUUAUUAUGAAUUUUCAAUCAAAUUUCUGUUAUGUUAAACAAAAAGCUAUGGGAGUAGUUUAUUGUACUAUCAAAGUUGGCCUACAGAAUCAGAUACCUCCCUUUGAUUAUUUAAUUGAUUUGUUAGCUUGGCCAGCAAAUAAUUCACAAGAAAAAGAUCUUUCGAUAAGCAAAACUAAUAUUGUUAGCUUUUUAGCAGCAAAAUUACUUGAGUUAAUGAUUCAAAAAGAAAUUUUAACCCCAUCAGAUAUUAUAAGAGAAGAUUUUUUAAAUUGUAUUGAAAAUAAUUUUAAUGAUCAGCCAAUUAAUUCAAAAGUAGUCUAUGUGUCACUAAUAACAUUGUACAUUCUCUAUACUGAUCCUCCUGACCAUUUUGCAAGAAUUAUCAACUCUGAAUUGAAAGUAAUCCUAUUUGAUUAUAUUUCUAGUUCUUCUCCAGAACUUAUUUUACAAAUUUUGCAUGCUUUUAAUAAAAUGAUGAAAGCAAGUGAAUGCAUCCAAGGAAAUGCUUUUAUUAAUAGUUUGACCGAUGAUGAUAUGGAUGAAUUAUCAUCUUUGCUUGAUAGCCAAAAUGAAGAAAUCGCUCAAAAUGCAGAAAUCCUUCUAAAUGAAAUUGAAUCAAAAAUAUCUCAAGAUAAUUAG